AAAUCGAACUUUGUACGAGGUAAUGGAAGACUGUUCGACCUGGACUAUUAGGAUCUGUGACCCUCUCACUUUGCGGAUCGUUAUCGUCUUUUUCUAGGAUGGGAUAGAACCUCUGGGUUUUUGCCAACAUUCCGAACUGCUUGAAGAUCUUCAAGCGCGCUUGAUCACCGUUGAUGUCGAAGCCGCUCGCCUUGCUGCCUUCAACAGUGUUCUGGCGCUUGUAUGUAACCUUGACCUUCACUCCUCUUAGCAUCUGCUCGACCUGGUUGGAAUCGCGGACACGGUUGAGCAGCUCAGAUACAAGGCAGGGUGAGAGGAAGGCGGAGGACGCAGUGUUUUACGUUCAGGAAGAUGCGGCUGUACCCUGGACGAAUGGACGAAUAGUAGCCUCUCAUCACCCGGACGCCCAUGCGAUUCCCGUUGGCAUCCAUCAUGUCGUUGAAGCCGUCCUUGGCGAAGAACUUGUUGGCACCAUGCUGAAAUAAGCGAUCGGUACCGUUGUCGUGUUGAUGGACGCCUUGGGCAACGUGGGCGUUAAGAG